UGUACGUCCACCAGAUGUUUACAACCCGAUCGGAUCAGACACGACCAGACUAGAAGUCGGAAGUUGUAAUUACAAAGUAUUUCAGAAAUUUACAUGAAUUAACAUCUGUAAUAAUCUCAUUUUGUUUUAAAAAGUGAGUUCUUAUCGUGUCUUACGGCUAGUAGCUUGGGUCAGAAGAGUCGUACGGAUUGUCGUCGUUUUCAGUCUGAAAUGAAUAAUGAAUUCAGAAACUUUGAUAGCUCUUGUACAUUCGUCUCCUGAAAUUUGGGAUGCUAGCCACACAAAUUAUUCGAAUAAGAGUAAGAAGUUAAAAGCCUGGGUGUCCAUUGCAGAAAAACUUGGCGUGACAGUCGAGACGGCGAAAUCACGAUGGACCAAUCUUCGCGAUUUGUUCCGCCGGGAACUGAAGAAGACUCUCAAAGUAGUGAAGGAGACGGGCGACCCGAAUGCUCAUGAACCUCGCUGGAGGCACUUCAAAUCCAUGCUGUUCCUCAAGGACCAGAUAGUGAAGGACGACAUUUCCAGCUGUCUUCAGUACGACGAAUCCCUCUACCCUCAAACCAUUCUAGAAGAUGAAUCCGGCGCAAGAAUCGAGGAUGACAGUUUUGUCGAGGACUCCAAUUCCAACCCGAGCUACCAGGAAAAAGCAAUUGUGGCGUCUUCAACCAAGAAAAGAGCUAAAGACGGCAUCGAAGAUCACCAACAACCUUACAGCAAGAGACACCACUGGGAAGUGGCGGGGGGCUACGGGAAUUACGAAGAUUGCACCCCCAGGCCUCUCAAUGAGAUGGACGAGGAUUAUCAUUUCCUCAUGAGUAUUCUGCCGUCCGUCAGGAGGAUCCGACAAGACAGGAAAACCAGUUUCAAGAUGAAGGUGUUGCAGCUCAUUUUGGAAGAAGAGAAUGUGGAAUCUGAAGGAACUUAGUGGUUAGGGGAUGGGGAUGAACACCUGCAUCAUAUUUAUAAUUGUUGUUGUACAGUUAUAUUUUAUAUCUUCGAACCUUCAUAUCAUGUAUUUGCUCCUUUUGUCAUAUCAUAUACCUUAGCUCUCUUGCAUCAGUGACUUGGCGUUUGUUUGUAAAUAUGAAGGGGUGUUGAUUAAUGGACUGCAACCCUCCUUAUUUUUUUCUUUAAUAGUGAUUCCCACCGUUUAAUAGUGACUCUUACUUCUGAAGGAUGAGCUAAUCCUCUCAAUAGUACAAGGAAUAUAUGUUGGAUUAAAAAUUCGUUCAGAAUCUAUGUAACAUUCUUUUUAUUAUUUAUGUAAUUAUAAAGUUCCCACUAUGUUCUGAGA